UCCAUGGCCAAAUACAGAGAUGCUCUGUUGCACAUUGGGCCCUUAUUCAUGUGCACACAUGUUAUCUAGACUUGAGUUAACGUGGAGACUUAAAGUUAAAAGAUGAACUUGGAUAAUGAAAUCGCAUAAAGCAGUUCAAUUCAAGUUACUCCUCAUUGAUUUCUGAUGCUGUUCAGGACGAGAUAUUCCACCUCAGUCUCAAUGUGGAUUAAUCUUUACAAUAGCAGAGAAAGUGCAUGUUGUAUUUUAAAUACUGUUUUGGCCAAAAUAAACAGUUUUCAUUAUCAAUUGGUCCAAAUAUUGUAUUGAUUGAUCGAUUGAAAAUGCUUAUUUUAUUUAACCAACAGUAUAAAACCCAAAGAUAGUCAAUUUACUAUCACAGUAAUGGGUAAACCAGAAAUUGUUCAUUUGAGAAGUCAGGAGCUCUGAAUUCUUUGCACUUUUGCUAAAGAAACGGCUUUAUCUGUUAAUCGAUUAUCAGUAUAUUUACUGAUUUUAUUUCUGUCAAUUGACCAAUUGUUUUAGCUCCGAUAAACUCGCAUUCAUGCAGGAUGACUGUACCGCACUGACCUUGACGCCCGAGUCAGUGAGUGGUGUGAUGGUGUCCAGCAGCGGGAGCUCGAUGUGGCGCUUCGGCCUGCACAAUUGAGAGCGUAGUUGGUACCGUUGUGUUCCACCACGCUCAUCCAGUUCAGCAGUUUAGAGGCUGUCUGUUUGUCUCCUGUGGCCCAAAUACACAUAAAGACCGCUGACACUGUCUUUAGGUGUCAAACCACUUCUUUAGAAACUUAUAUACAGAAGUUGUGUUCAGUUGUGUGCUGUUAAAUCCUUAAACCUUAUGGUUAUUUGGAUGUUAUCUUGCGCUAAUGACAAAUUCCUUAAUGGGACAAACCUAAAAUUGAAGAGCAAUGUCAUACGCCAUCUUUUUACUUUGCUGUGUUUUGCACGUUUCACAAAUCAAAUAUGGAGCUUCUUUAUUUUUUUGUAUUCAAUUUUCACAAACAAGUUGAAAACGGACAAUAAGAACCCUUUUUAGGGACUAGUUAUGGCAUUAAGACCAUCUGUCAUAUUAUAUUAACACUUAAAGCGUACAAGUAUUUGAAGCAUUCAGUACGUUUUCAAUGAACAGCUUCUCUAUAACAAUACUGAAUACUUGGGCAGAAAUAAUGGAUUACACUGGCUUAUUGUACUGACAACGAAUGUGUCGGUUAUUUAAAGCCUCUUCACUUACUGAUCCCAGCACAUCUAAAGUUUAGAGUGCGGAGGAAGCCAUUAAUGUGUUUCACUUUAUAAAACAUAACUCUGCCUUCGCUAUCAAUUAUGUAGCUCGGGUGUGAAAGAGAUGGCAAAAGGGCCACACACACACACACACACACCAGGCAGCAGGGUCCCGCGCGGAGAGAAAGCGCUGCACCAUGUGACCGCUGUGGAUGUACCAACGCUCUCUCAGUCUCAGCGAGAGCUAUUCUCCCCGGACUCGGUGUUCUAGUUGCAUCAGUGUUUGUCGGCCUUCUCUAGGACAUGCGGGCUGAAAUGGGGCUGAAGUUGAGAGAGCUCCAUCUGGAUACCCACAAGGUAUAGGGCCUUUCUACUAUAAGCAAGUCGGCCUUGGCUUCAUGUCUGAGGAACACCUGCCACACUUUGCAAGGCAGUGAUCUCAAGCGCUGAGCGUUUGUGAUGGCAGCCCUGCGGAGACAAAAGGUGAGCGGCUGUAUAGAUGUUGGUGUUAGUCAGGUAGGUAGGUAGAGAGCAGGGAGAUGGAAUCAAUACUAUUGUCUGUAACCUACCUGCCGCUGGGCUCUCUGUCUGGCCCAUAGACCAUCAGAGAGAGAGAGAGGAAACACAGACUCACUCUGACUGGGAAAGGAAAAGAAGAGGCUGACUGUAAGGUGGUUUUUCUUUUUUACGUUUUCACUAACAAGGUGAAUGCAGAUUAAGGAUUUUAAAGAGAUUUUUUAUUUAUUUUUUAUGCAGAGCUGACAUGCAUUUUUGUCUGAAACUUUUUCAUCACUAAUUUUUCAUAUCCUUUCCUUUGACAGUAAUGGAACCAGUCAUGUUUUGAUGUACGUGCAUGCAUGUGCGCACUCUUCUACCUGUAUAUACUUGUAGUAUGAAUGUGAAUGUGUUUGCGCACACUGAAAAGUCUUUCAACUAGUGUCCAGACUGCAUGUUGUCGGCAGGUCAUAUUUUAUGUUUCGCGUUUGAUUUGCAUCUCGUUUUAAUUCACAUUUUUAUUACUUUUAUGUUAUUUGUAAAUCUCAGAGGAAAAGAAGUGUGUGUGUGAUAUGCACCCCAUUAUAAUUAAAUACAUCUGGCAGGGAAAUUGGUAAAAUUAACAGCUGUCAAGGAAUUUAAUUGUCUUGACUGGCAGUGUUAAGCAAUAUGCAUUUACACCUCCUGCAAUUAUCACGAAUGUGUUCAAUAUAGAAAUGAUCAUGUCUUUUCUUUCUUUCUUCUUUUUCUUGGUGCAGUAUAACAAUAAUAAAAAAAGAGGACAAUUAGAUGGUGUCAAAACAUUCGGACACUAAGACGAGCACAGCACACUACACCAGUUUAUAUUGAAGUGGGAGGUUGAGUUGGCCAGUGUUUGACUUGACAUGUUUGAUUAGGUGAGGUAUGUCUGUGACGAGGAUGGCAAUGUAACGACAACAAAAAGAUGGAAAGAGCUGAGGUAGGGAGAAAUUUUUAUUUCUGUUGUGCUUUGAGAUUUGGCAUAAAUACUGAGUCAUACUGAGAUGAAUGACAGUAUUUUAAACAAACCUGAAAGCAACCUCCUCCGCAGAAAAAUCCACCAUUAAUUUCCCGGUGAAGUUAUGACAAAUGUGUGCUGUUCCCUGUGGUCUGAUCCGGCUGCCACAUGCAACAUUAACUGAGACGAUCUGAAAAAUCACACCUCUAUAUUCCAAAAUCGUUGAGGCCUGUAGCUCACAAAGUAAUAACUGUAGUAAUACGUAAUGUGCAUUAAUGCGGUUCAAUUUGAUGCAGAAUAUGACGCAGGCACCUUGAUUCAGAUUCGACGUGAGGCGUUUUACAUGAGUCACGAGUCACAAAAUGUGUCGAAUGUAUUUCCCUUUUCCACAACAUACGAACAUAUUCAGUCUUCCCCAGUCGCCAUGUGUCAUUCUGUCUGUCUACCAGUGGGGGGCAUUGGCUUCUGAUAUUUCUAGCAGUUAAUUUUCUUUCUGUCAUCGCCAAAAGAUGUAGAAAGUUUUACAUUGAUAUGUUAGGGUUUAUAAAAAGGCUCCAGUUUGAUAUUGUUGUCUGAAGUGUCAUCAUGUUUACUUUACAUUUACAGGUGGAUUUGUGUCGUCUGUGCGCACCUUGUCCUGCUCUCGUUUCAUCUCAACUGGUAAGUCAGAAGAAAGAUCCUGUCUUCCUGUUAAUAUUGGACUAUUAAACAUUAUGACUUAUUAAUAAGUGCGACAUUUGUAGAUGUAUAUACUGUAUAUUCCUGUAAAUUCCUCUUACAGAACUUAACUUAAUGAAAAUUGUCCUUACAAGGAUUAAAGUGAAGGAUUAAACCACAGCAAUUCUCAAGAACUAAAGAUAAUUAUCAGUUUUUAUGAUGCAUAAGUUACGUUUUAGGCAAAGAUUCUGCCAUUUAUGUCUUACAUAGAGGAAAAGGUUCGGGCAGUUACCAAGAAAGUUAAGAUAACCGUCCCUUUAUUUGACAUUUAAGUUCUAGACUGUAAUUUUGCUUCUGUUUCUUACAUACGUAUUGAGGUUAUUUUUAAAGCCCUCUCAGAGCACUGAGCUCAGAAAAGACACUGUAAUUUGUCAGUGCUCAAUUAAUCAUGUUCAAAAACGCCCAUGAUAUAUAAACAGUUUAAAAUUAAUUGUUUCUCCUAAAUGAAUUUGUCUCCUCCACAGUGUGCUCAACUGCUGCAUUGCUGAGAUUAUUUGAGCCUCGAUGUGAAAAAUGUUACUUUACUCGUCAUUGCUGCACUGCAAGGCAACAGAUUAGUGUGGAGGAAAUGAAGACAAAUAUGUGAUGAUUGUUUUAAUUGAUCUGAUUAGUUUUGCUUGUGAUCUGCAGCCAGCACGGAGACCAGUCGGUGCCGCAGAAUCCAAAUGUCAGAUGAGGUCGUGCCUUUGUCUCGGUGCUGCGGCUCUGCGGUUCUUUCUUUAAAUAAGUUUUACCUCCGUGUUGCUUUUUUUUUGUACUUUGAAUACAAAUUUAAAGCCUCCCUGUGUAUUUUAAUUUCUCAGUAUGCCCCUCUGUCCCUGAGACCCUUAACCUGUGAGGUCAAAGCAGGUCACAGGUGAGGUCCUCGGGAACAGGGCUGCAUUCAGUUUCAACGUCCUACAAAAAAAGGGGCAUUUUUGUAUGUAAAUUAUUCCAUGAUGGAAUUUUUUUCUCCCCAGAAAGUCGUGUGUUUUGUUUCCCUUGUUCUCACAGAAUGUUUACAAUACAAGAAAACUCAGAGGAUGCAAUGUCAUGUUUUCUUCUAGCUGUAAUUUAUCUUAGUACCCAGCUGUGGGUUUCUUCAGUACGUUGACUGUUUUCAGAAUAUGUUUACCUGUCGUCGUCAUGAUGAUGAUGAUGAAGACGAAGAACACCCCGUCUGCAGCACAGACACUCAGAGGGCCAACCCUAUUGGCUGGCUUUGUGUUUAUAGCCCUCAAUGGGGGCUAAUAGGAAGACAGCCGAGGGUUGUGACCCCGUCAGUUAUGCCACUUUCAGAAAGAAAUGUUAUUUGUACAUCAUGUGCAUGUUUUGUGCUUUGUACUGGAAAAGUGCCCUGUAUUCCAUCUCAGUAUGUUAAUAAAAUAUGCCAAAAAAGGUUGUUGUAAUGUAUAUUUAAAUUUUUUUAAAUACGUCUUUCUCACCCGAAAAACUCCACAGGUGUUAAAUUUGCAAUCUCAAUUUCAUUUGUCUACAGUUCAUGCAUUAUAUCUUUGCUACACUGAGCCAAAAGGCUGGAUUUUUUUUUUUUUUUUUUUACAUGAAGCACCAGUUUUUAAAAUGAGUAAUUGAAAACAUCUUGUGAAGAUUAUUUUGCUUUCUUUGACAAAACGGUGUCAUCUUUCAUAUAAAGCCUUGUUUUUUUUGGGGGUUUUUUGUACAACUUGAAAUUGUAAUGAUUAUAUUUAUAAAUGGUCAUGAGAAGAUUUUUAUCAAAGUGCCUUGUAGCAACAAAUUGUAAAAUGUACUCAAACACACCACAGACACGUAUUUGGGAUUUUCCGCGUUGGACCGUCUGACUUUGUCAGUCCUGGAGCAGACUCUUGCCUAAUAUUGAUUGGAUUGUCUGUGUGGAGACGGAUGAAUGCAUUAGUACCCAGCUCACCCCGCCACUGGAAAUAUAUUAAGUUCAUGUAUUAGGCACCCUGUCUGGUUGCCAUGGAGAUGCACGGGGAGUGAGGGACCAGGGAGGAGAGGGGGGGGGGGGAUGGGAGACCGAGUGGGGGAUACAGGAUGUGAUGAGGCGGUCGACUUGAUUUGUAGUCCCGUUCCCUCUUCCUCCUCCUCUGCCUCAGUCUGUCACUUACACGUCCUCUCUUGCCUCUUGCACCCUCUUUGUUCCUCCUCGCUUCAUUUUCUCUAACAUUAUUUCACCACUACUUCUAAAAUUUUCUUAACUCCACCAGCAAGAAUAUGCGCCGUCUCUCUCUCUCGCCGCUCAUUAUUCUAUUGAUGAUCCUUUUGUUCCCUUUUUUUCUCUUCCUAUUUGGCUUUGACUCUCCGUCUCGCCACCCCCACACCACCAAUUAGACUUUUACUCUUUGUGUAUUUCUUUUGAGUUUACUUGCCAGCACGCUUUCCACUUUGUCCCUCGACUGCAUAAGCAUUUAACUCCCUCUUCAUCUGCCCCUCUCCCCUACACCGCCGCCUCCCACCUUGGCUCGCUCCACCUCUGAGCUCUGCAGUAAAACUGGUGCAUUGAGGCAGCAGGAAAUCGGGGGAGACAAUAGAAUGGAGGGAAGUAUAGAGGGGAGUCUGUGAUACUCUCCUUUCAAACUCGAGCAUGUUGAGGAACCGGAGCAGAACAUUUUUAACAUCUUGUGUUAAAUUUCAUGUGGGAUAUAUGUACCUAAAAUUCAUAUUCAAACCUUUUGAUUAUUUUCAAAAUACUGAAUAAUAUGCAUAAUAUGCAUCCUUGUGGUCACUAUGAGCCCAGGAUUUGAAUAUAAACAGUUUGUAUAGAAACCUUUGUUUGAGUUUCUUGCUCAUGCUGCAAAAUGUGCACCUCUGCUUUGUGUCUCGUGUGCGUUAGCUUGCUGUUCGGGACCUCUCUGAGCUGCUUUCAGUGCUUUGUGGACGUUUCAGACGCUCUUCGCCUGUGUUGGGGUCACAUUUUGACUGAACACAAUGUUAGAAAUGUUGACGAAUGCUUCAGGAAGCUGGACCGUAUAUUCAACAAAAAUGAGAGAGUGAUUGAGGCUGCAAGAGUGGGUGGAGGUUACGACAAACAACUGAAAGAACUUCUGGAUGCAGAAAUCCUGCCCAUGGUGGAAGAGUUCCACGAGAAGCUGAAUAAAGACACAGUGUAUGAGGAAAGGUUGCAGACAGCAGCAGACAAUUUCAUCGCAGCUGCCUCCAAACUGCCUAGAGUCUCUGGAUGCGUCCCUCCUUGUGGUUUUCAGAGUGCAGGUGCAGUAUACAACUGUAUUACCUGCCACUACGACUCCUGUGGACUCCCUCUCGACUGUCCAUUUAAAGAAAUGAACGUAACGGAGAACAGUAGGAGCCAAAUAUGGUGCGAAGUGCCAUUUCACUUACCAGACGACAUCGAGGUGAUCUGGAGUGUUGCAGAAGAGGAGAAAACCCAGCAGGUGGACCAGUUCAAAGAAGUGACUGCGGGGGUGGACAUGCUCUAUUCCAUCCCUUCAACCAGCUUGCAGCAUCAGGGCACCUACAAGUGUGAGAUCUACUCAGGCCAACACUCCAUUGUCAGGCUUUACUACUAUCUCACAGUGACCCCCCAGGUUGUGGAAGGCCACACAGAGCUGCAGGAGAUAUUCGACCUGUCUCUGCUCCCAGAAGGACGGUUACUCCCUGAGCCUGCUGGUUCGCCCCCCUCCCUCCUCCCCUCGCCACCGCUUCUCACUGCCUGUUUAACUGCUUUGCUUCUGCUGCUGUUCCUCUCCCUGGGAGCUCUGUAUUGGUUAACAAAGCCAGAGCAAACGCAUCAUGCUCAACAUGGAGAUGAGGAUUUGGGAUUCUCAGAGUUGGGAAGAUGCAUGUAGUGCAAUAAAGGCAUUUCAUCAAUCCUCUGGUCUUCCAUAGAGCCUUACGUCAUAGUUUACAGAAAGCCUGUGUGUGACUCCUUCCACCACUAGAGGGCAGGAUACUAAUGUCUAUCAGUGGUGCCCGGGCUGCACUGAACUGUAUGAAACAACCGCAACUAUGCUCAUUUGAGUGUUACAGUUAUGGAGAGUAACUAACGAGGUUUACUCACUUACUGUAAGUACAAUUUUGAGAUGCUUGUAGUACAGAAAUAUUGUACUUUUUACUCCUCUACAUUCAUCUGACCGCUGAAGUUACUUGCCGCCUUUCAUGUUUUGAUUUGGCAUAAAAACAUAUGGUGAGCUUGUAAAAUGUUUUUGAUUACACUGUGUAGUUAACGUAAGCUCCGCUUCAAUCAGCUACAACAAUUAUGCUGCAUUAAAAUGCUUUUAACCCUUCUAUACUUUUGGGGUCAAUUUGACCCCAUUCAAUGUUUAACGUCUCCAAAUAAAUGAUUGACAUCAUUUUUGCUUCAUAUUUAAUGACUUUUCCUAAUUUAAUGGGGACAACUGGAAACAUAAAAUGAUCAUGAUGAUAUGUUUUCAAUGUCCUGUAUGCAUCAGUGUUCUUUGGGCUCAAUUUGACCCCAGGCUGUUUUAGCUGUAUAAAACAUAUAAGAAAUAUCUAUUUUACACACAUUUGUUUUGGUUGUUUUGGUCACUAUAACAUGUAAUUUUCUAAUCUUCAAAAAGCUUUAGGGCCCUAACCUAACAUAACCAUAACUAUAGUAGUGCGAGAACCACUGAUAGUUCACACGACAUGGGGGAGGGGAAAACAUCAUUCUCGCGAGAACUUUGAUAUUUCCCACGUGGGGGCGGGAAAAUAUUGUUCCGUGAAGAUAUUGAUCGGGGUAGAGCAAACAUAUGAAAGCUUGCACAGCAGCCUUCUAAACCAUUUCUCUUGGUGCUCUCUGUGCUCUCUCUCAACUGAAAAUUACUUCUAAGGAAAGGUUUGUUUUUUUUUUACAUUGGGUUGCUCAUUUUGGCAGGAGUGUACAAGUCAAAAGGCGAAGCAACAGCAAGCCUUUGGGCUGCUGACACUGGAAGGGCAAUAUUUCCAGCCAGCAUGUCUCUAAACACAUUCCAUGUUUUCUCCCGUGGCAUACGCUUUGAUGACAGAGAAACAAGGCAGGGCCGACGAGAGCGUGACAAACUCGCAUCAAUACGGGAUGUAUGGGACAAGCGGGUUCAGCGAUUACCCUUUCUUUACAAUCCAGGCCCUCACGUGACUGUGGAUGAACGUCUGGUUGCAUUUCGUGGGCGCUGUCCCUUCAGACAAUACUGAAAUAAAUUGUUUGUUUUUCCUUGGGUCAAAUUGACCCCAAACAUAAUACAUGUUACUAUUCUUGAUAACAGAAAUUGUUUUUCGUUCCAAAUAUUAUAGAUAACAAAAAUAUGUACUUAGAAAUAAUAUAAAGCCGUUAAUUAAAACACCAAAAAGAUAUCUCUUUCCAACUUUAGGUCAAUCAGCGAGAUUUUAUGGUGAUCUGCAUAUUUCUCCAUAGUUGCAUAAGAGGUAUUCUGGAUGUACAUAAAGUACCUGACACAUAACCUUGGGUAGCAAUUUUAUAAUCAUUUUCUGGAGGUUUAAAUUGCUGGGGUCAACUUGACCCCAAGGAUAAAAGAUAUUAGUAAAUUUGAAGGUAACAGGACGGUUAAGUCAUAGAAUUUUAUAAUGAUAUAAUAAUCUAAAUAUACCCAACACUCUAAAAGGUACCAUUCUGCAUAAUUUGCUUUUGAUAUGUUGUGAACAUUUUUGCCGUUGUGCAGUGUUCUCCAAUUACCAUCAAAUGUAAUAUCCCACAAAACUAAUUGAUGCAGCCACCUGAGACAGUCAAGCCUUCAGGUGACCACAAGGAGGCAGCAACACACACACUACGUCCCAUGUUAGAAAGCACAAGAAGAAGAAGACAUCCUCGACCUCUCAGGGGAUAUUUAGCUUGAACUUUGUUGCUACAUUUUCAUUGUGUCACAUCGGGGCUGUGGUACAGAGAAUAUUUGGUUGCUAAAAUUAAAUACAACAUCCCCAAACACAAAUCUGAAUCAUAUGUGAUGAUGGGGAAGUACAUAUGUUGCAAAACACAUCUUUACUGAGAAUGUGACACUUGAGUCAUACUUACAUACAUAUAUUUGCCAACAACUUAUUUGUUAGAGUGGAAACCAAAGCUGAAAACCCUCUGACGUCAUAGCCAGCCUUUAUGGACCAGUCAAUCAGAGUGAGAGUAAUUAAACGUUACAUAACAUAUACUCUUUAUCCUUUUGUAAGUUAGUAAAUUGAGUGAUUUUAUACUUUGCUUCUCCUUCAAAAAAGGAGCGGCAGGCUAUACCUGGUUGCUUCGGGUCAGUUUGACUUACACUCCAUUCUCCCUAUCACUUUUUUUCCCCAACACAUUUUCCAUUUAUAUUGAUUACCUGCAUUGACAUGAUUUUUUUUUUACAUGACACGAGGGGUCAAUAUUAGAUCGUGAACGAUUAAUAUGUAAUGCACAGUUUGCCUUCCUGAAAGAUACAUUUUUAAUGUUUUAUUGAAAACUCAACUCCUUUGCCACUGUUGUGGUGAAUAUGGCGAAUGUUUUCUGUAUAUUUACCGUAUAUAUUUCCUCACUCGCACAAUAGUGAGGCAGACUGGAUUAUCUAGCUAACAGAGGUAUAAAUAAAUAAUAACAGAAAACAACUGAGAAAAUAGGAAGUCUGAGAAAGUGAAACAUAAAAAGACAAUUAAAGGCAGAUGUGUUGAAUUUCAGAAAUGUAGUCCUUGGAUUUAAAGCUCAAGUACAAAAAAAUUAAAAUAAAUAUUUUUACAACAAAUUUUCAGAUUUUAAAGUCUUUUGUGAUUCUGGAAGAGCUUAGUCAGUCUGAAAAAAUAACCCAGAUGAUGUCAUCAGGGUUAUCUCAGAGUCUGAAAGAAAGGUGCAUUUACAAAGGCUUGUAUUAUUGUGUUCAAAAGUAUUAAAUGUAAGAAGUUUACUAUAGUAUUUAUUGAAGGGCUGUUUUGCAUUCAGGGUUUAUAUUUGUCUGGUAACAGGGAGAGCUACCUUGUGUUUUUGAGGAAACACUGUGCACUUUUUGUCACUGCACACAAAGAUAUGACUUCGUAUGUGCUCUAAAGACAACACAUGUGCCUAGUUCCAGACCUUUGAGUGCUCCCACUCCACCGAGGUCGAGUUGACUGAUUGGUCUGGCAUCAAGGCAUAAACCAGGGAUUUCCCCAUUUAAAGACUAAUCGAACCAAUGAUUGCCGUGGGAGGGGGACUAACAAUUAGCUAAUCAGCCCCGUGGGAGUGGGACCCACACAGCCGUCAAUCUGUUGUCAGCUGUGUGCCUAACCAAGGAGUAAUCACAACAACAAUAGAGACCGCUAACAUUAACGCUGCUAUCGAGGCUGUUCUAAAGUGAUUAAAAGUACAGAUUACUUUGAAAUCUGAACAGAACUCUGCUUUGAAGGCAUUUAUUCAAAGGGUAUGUGUUAUUUGGUGUAUCACGGCCCCUCUUCUCUUCUCGAGUCUUCCUCUCAUUUGAGAUGCUGAAUAGUAAAUUUUAAUUUGAUAUGACCCCCUUGAUUCACAAAUUCAUUUUACAGAUACGGUGUGUCCUCUAAAUAUCGCCAGGCAACCUAGGCUGCUUCUGUUUGUUUUUCUUUAUCUUUUCUCUUUUUACUCGCUCCACUCCCUUCUUAAAAUACCAACACAAAAUAUGUUGUCAUGACCACACAUCUCUGUCGACUCAAUGUGACGUCAGAAUCAGGCGGACACGUUGGUCUCUAGUGCUUGUGACCGAUUCAGAUGCAGUAUAGACCUUAUACUCCAGAUUACCAUGAACCAUAUUGCCCAUCCUGUUAUUUUGUCAUUGGUACUUUUUAACUGAAUGUGUUACGAACAGAAACAUAUUUAAACUGCAUGCCACCAAUGCUUAAUGUUCAUCUUUGAGCUGCAGAGUAAUUUCACUUUGAGUGAGAUCACAUAGACAACAGUCAGUCGGUCUCCAUAUAAAGACAACAGCGUGUUUAUAGCUUGUGAACUUUAAUCCUCAGUAAAUUAGAGAAAGCGUAGCAAACAAUCAUGUUAUUGAUGAAUGCUCUGCUACAAAAUAGUUUACCUCUUUCUUAAUAGUUACAUAUUUGCUAAGAACCUCUUGUUCUAAUAACAGGGCAGGCUGGAACAGUGGUUGGUGGUUCCAGGUACAAGAGGGAGGCAUCAGACAACUCAGGCACAGUCUGCUCUUGUCAACCCACACCAAUACAGUACCUGCCUUUUGCUGGAGACCACCCAUUCUUAAUGCAAAAGGGACUCAGGAAUGAUAAAGAUAACACACUACAUCAAAUGUUUCCACUGCAAGACCAAGUAAUAAAAAAAGAUUUCACAUUUCACACGCUUGAUGUUAGAAAAUCAGAAGUCCAGGUCCACAGUUCCAUCCCCUAAAAAUGAUCACAUUUAAGAAUAAUGUUGAGUCUAAUAAUACCACUAAACUUUAGUUAAAUACUUAAUAUUUCUCAGUCAGUUGUUGGUCCACCACUUUGGUCAAGAGUAAAAAAAAAUCGAACUAACUAUUGACCAUUUCACAGUUGUAGACAUUCUAAAUGUGUCCCACUUUAUUUCCUCUUGCAGUGCAUGAAUAUAAAAAGAAGGAAGGGUCAUUACGUCAUCCUGACAGUAUUCUAGUGUUUGUGCCAGACAUUGGUGCCAGUUCUUCUGAAGUUAAUGAGAGGACAUGGCGAAUCCCACUAAAAAAACAUCAUAUCUGUCUUGUUUUGACUGUAAAUAUGCUUCCACCAAAAAAAAAAAAAAAAAUGGUAUCUAUUUGUGCGUCUUUGUUUUCCUUGUUAUGGCUCUGCCAGCAACGGAAUAUAGCUAAACUCAAGUUAGCUACAUUUUGAUGUAUAUCCAAACAGGGCAGCGCCAACCUAUUAUCGCUGACUAGACUGUGAUUAUAACCAGAUCAAUGGUUAUAAUGGCCUUUCAGUAAAUAUAGGACUUGACCGUAUGCUACAAUGCAUGCAGUUUGCCUCAGUGACUUCCAUUCAUACUAGUCAUCCAGCCUGUGUUAUUAGCUAGCAUACCCCUAAGCCAUGACAGCGAUUAAGCUAGAGAGGCUGCUCAAUUUGCUUUCACUCUCCAAUCCUGCCGCUCCCUGUCUAUUUCUUUUACACCUUCACAAGGGUUAUUGCUUACUAAAGUUAACUGUUAUAUCUCCAAAUGAAUGAAGGAUGCCUUAACAGAGAUAUUUCUGGCUAACGUUAACUAAUCAAAGGGCAAAUGCUAACUUAGUUCACUGAAGAGCAAUAAAGUAACAAGUACCAGGUAUAAAAAUUGCCGUCAACUAACUGACAGAAAUGGACAGACCUGGCUGACAUUAGCCCUCCUAAAAGUUAUUAAAUAUCAUUAACAGCUGGUUGGUUGGUAGAUGGUGGGUUAGUUACUGAUAACAAAGACGCUCAAUUUCAAUCAAAUACAUGUAGAAUACCAUGGCUUGGCACCAAUGUGAGUUCCGUGGAGUAAUGACCUUUCUACUUUUAUUAACCGUUGUUGCAGUGUAUGUGAAUGACAGUAGCUGACAGGAAGUAGACAUGGACCCAAGUUGUUGCCGUUUAAACCGUCUGUAGGAUGUAAUGCUAUGACGUUUUGGACGGACGUUCCCAGAGGAGGAAUCCUAAUGACUUUGGCAACCCCCUUACAUUUCCUUAAUCACCUCCAAGAGGUUUUUUGGAUUGUAGUCAAAUGUUUUGACAUUUACUGGAUGGAUUGAAGUACAAUUUGGUACAUCUACCCAAGGUGCCCAGAGGAUGAAUGCUUAUAAUUUUUGUGAUCACCUGACUCUAUGCCCUCUAUCUCUAAGCAGCUUCACAGAGCCACUAGUGCAUUUUAAAAAGACUGUAUACAUGUAAUAAGCAGAAAUUGACACGUGUAGCUGGAUUAUUUUUUCGUAGGAUAUCAUAGGAACCAUUGUAUGAGGAUACGUUGUCAUAUUACAGCGCAAGUGCUAAAAAAAUAUAACUGAUUACACCUGAAGCCUUAAUGUCUGGGUGCUUCUUCUUUUCCUCCCUUUCCAUGUAAUAAUUUCAUUUGAAGAAUCUGAUGGCGCCUAAAUAAAACCAGUCUGCUGAUAGCUUGGGAAGCCCACAGUAAUCCUCCCUAAAUUAAUGAUGUCUUAUCUGUGGAGGAAAUACAGUGUGAGGACUGACUGGGACCUCCGAGUCUUAUAAAGCACUUGUGGAGCAUCUAAAUAUAGUCAGACAUGACUCAACACUCCGCUUGUCAUUUAAUGGGCAGAUUGCUUGUAUUUUUUUCCACUGGUUUCCAAGGAAACCAAAAUCAGGCCUCUUGACACUUUACUGUAUCGGCCCCAACUCACUGUAAGCUGGUAGUUUUCGACAGAGGGGAGUGCCUGCAAGGUAAAAAGCAUCACUGAGUUUUUACGUCAUAAAAGUUCCUUCAGCAGAUCUCACAUUUGUCAGAGCCAUAAAUCUCUCCUUUAUGUCAGAGUUCUAUGUAAAAAGGUGUGACUCCCUUUCUUAGCCUGUAACUUUGAACUGUUUGAGGCUUUCAUUCUGGUUUAUGAUAUGGUACGCCCAUCAUGUACACCCAUCACAAUAGAAGUAAGCAAUCAGCGUACUUAUCUGCGUGUUUAGCUCCAAUUAAUCACAAUUUGAAAACACUUUAAAUACGAUAUUAUAUAGAAAAAAAGACACGAUGACGUCAAAGUUUAUUUCCACUAGAGCUGACCUUUGGCAAAUAUGUGUUAUAAUCGUUACCCUUUGGUGUUUCUCUGCCCCAGGUAUAUUUGUCAUAAACAGUAUCUCAGGCAGAAAUGAUCUGGUUUUCAUUAGAACUCUGAGAAGUGACCAACUCCAUUCUGACCAUUUUUUUUAAAACUACACUGACUAGCAUGAGGACCUUUUAGCAUGUUGUUAUUUCUUAGACGGUGCCAGAGGUUCAGAUAAUAAUUAAUAUCAUCAGUGUAGUGAAGUAACAUUUCUUUUAAUUGACACAUUCAUUUUAAUUUUUGGGAAAUGAUGCUCAGUGCCUCUAACAAUUCCAAGAGGGGACGACGGCUUCAUCUCAAAAACAAAGUGACAUGUUUCUGACUGAUUCCUCCAGACAGUGACUUCAAAAAGUUUGGGGAAAGUUGUGGGCUCCGAUUGAUGUCCAUGAAUGAAUGAAUGCAGCUUCAAACUAUGUGUUUUUGAGCAAGUUCCAGUAAAUGAUGGCCACCAGUAUGAGUGUGCAUGCUGCAGCUGACCCUGAGGUCGUCACAUGAAAGCCGUCUCGACAAACUGAGGCAACACCCUCAGCCUAAUUUGUCCAAAUACCGUGCGCCAAAAAUGACUAUGAUCUAACAGAGUUCUUCAUUUUUAUUCCGUAAAUUGCUUCAUUGUCUCAUGUCUACCUCUUUUGGGUUCAUUUUUUGCAGUAGAGAAAGGAGUAAAAGGAAAAAACCAAAAUAUAGACAGUAAAUCUUUGAAAAUAUUGCAUUGGUAAUGCAAACCACAAGCCACAACAAUAAAACAACAACAAACUUGUAGGAUGUUGCUGUGUCGAGCAAGAACAUGUAAUUAUCCAUAAUCGUGUAUUUUAGUAACCCAUGUAGUACUGAUUUAUCUACCACAGUGUGUAUCAUCUUAUAUUAAUCAUGACGCAAUAAGUUUACAUGUUUUCUGGAGCAACUGCAAUUUGGUGGGAAAGUAUCUCUGUAAAUUGCAGCUUCUUCUAAGACAACACUGCUCAGGCGAAAUGAGACCGGAAAGAGUUUCGUGCUGAAGGUGACGCAACGCAUACUUUUCCUCCCCAUUUGUAACGGAUCAAACUUGAACCCCAACAUGUGCGUCAGAGAUGGCGGCCCAGACAGGGUGUGGGGAGGACAGGCUAAUUGAAAACAGAUAUGAGUGGAAGUGAUGUUUGGCUUCGUCAGACUCUUGGUUUGGUCCCAACAUUUUUCUUUACUCCUUACCAUGACUCAUUAAGGCGCUGUAACUGUAUAGAAAUAAUUUUUUUUUUUUUUGUAAAUCACCUCAGACCUCUGAGAGCCACAUUUGCUGGUUUACAGUUUAGACAAAGUAUCCAUGGUAAAAUGUUGCUAUUGAGACUAAACAUGGAAUCAUAUUUUGAAAUCUGAUGAGUAACGUUGAUGCUGCUCUUGAGGAAACAGACACUUUUACUCAUGUGAGAAAAAACAUUUGUCUGCCAAACAGUUGUUUUAACCACAGUCGGAAAUUACUUCAGAUAGGGCGGAAGGGUUUCCUGAUGAGCCCAUGGUAUUGUCAUCUAGUCAAAGACGGCCGAUGCACAACAGCAGCUAAGUGGCAGUGGAGAGGAGAAAUUCUAAUUAUCAUAAGAAGCAUAUAUUAGGAUGCCUUAGAUGACCAUAAUAUUAUAAGUUGUAGUCUGACUUCCAUCAGUUGCACUGAACAGAAACAACUCUUCUCGGAGCCUCAUUUGUCACCAGGAUGAACAGUGAUGUAGGAGAAUAUAAAUGUAACUUAAGUGAAAGUGCUCAAGUUUGCUCAAUCAGCAAAAUGUACUUUAAGUACAAUAAAAAGCACUUAUGCAGAAAAAAGAGUCCUUGUGAUAUUUCUACUUUUAUAACUGCUAUUAUCAUUCUCAUUCUACUAUAGCCGCUGCUACUGUUGUUUGUUAUAGUAAUCAUUUUUCUGUUACUAUUUCUGCUCCUACUGCUCUCAUUAUAUAUACAGUAUAUCUAUAAUUUCUGUCAUUUGAAUUGAUUAUGUUGUAAUUGCAUUAUGUUUUUUAUUCUGUACACAUGACAUCUGUUGCACUUCUGUCCCUCCUGGGAGAGAAAUCCCUACUCGGUUGCAAUCCCUGAGGUUUCUUCCAUUCUUUUCCCAGUUAAAGGUCUUUUUGGGGAGUUUUUCCUUAUCCGAUGCGAGGGCCCUGGGACGUACAAUGUCUUGUACAUACUGUAUUGCUAAUGGCUAUCUAAGAACACAAGUUUAAUGUCCUUGUGAGUGUAUGUGCCCGUGGACUCAUUGCUGUAUAUACAAUUAUAUAACAAAUCAUAUUCAAGCACAUUUCCUCUCAUUGUUUAUUUAAUCCUUAUUUUGAGCUAAGUUGUCAUUAUGAACAUGAACUUUCCAUUGGGAAUCAUCCUCAUCCACACCUAACAUCAGAAUGUAGAUCAUUUAUCCUAAGCCCAGAAACGUAAAGAUGAUUGACUGAAGGGCACUAGACAUUUGAAAAAAAGAAAAGCUCUUUGGGUGUUGAUCUGUUUGAGCAACCGGUAACACCUUGUUCAUGACCUUAUUUUUGUAUUGAACAUAAAUAUUUAUUUAGUCCUGCAUAAGUUUUGCAUCAAUGGGAUUGUGACAGCUCUGCUCCCCCUAUAAACGACAGCUCCACAAUCGUUUGUUAGUAUUACAAAACAAGUUGUUCUUGUUGCACCUUUACGGCUCGCCAAAAUGCUAUGAGCAAGAACUGCACUCUACAUGUAAGGCCUUAAUAUUUCCAUUUAAAACAGAGAUCAUAGUUUCUCAUAAAGUCAUAUCAUUCAUUUGAAUGUGAUUUUAAAAAAAAAAACUGCUGUCCCCCCUCGGCUCAUAUAACUGGUUACAGGUUGCCUGCCUUGCUUAAAGAUCCUCCUAAUCCCCGGAGCUUCAUACUGAUACUGAGCAUGUUAUUUACAUUAUUUUUACACUUCUUAAAUCAUACGAGACACAAGCGUCUUAACUCCAAAUGGAAUAUUGUUCUAUUGAGCUCCGUUUAGGUUUUAUUGGAAGAUAUUAACUUUUUAUGGAAGGUCUAUAUGUAAAGUAAUGAACUUUUCCCCAAAUGUGAAUUUACUCGCAUCACAAGAUGACAAAUUUCACAACACACAACACCAUAAGAGAUAUAAUAAUAAUAAUAUACCUCAUGAAUAAAUACUCAAGCUAAAUUGUUUUGAAAAAAGAAAAAGCCACAAGGCUGCCAGAAAAAAAUGAGAGUAGGGAUGGGAAAGGUGCGAGCACACUAUAUAUAGAAUAAUAAAUAUAUAAUCAAAUAAUGAUAAAUCAUCUCAGAACAUCCAUCCGCUAAAAAAAAAGAGCCUGUCCACUGGGGUUUUCAAAAGGCAGGGGAAUAUAUUUUCUAGUUACAAAGCAAAAUAAAAUUAAUGUCUUAGGUGAUCUUCCUAUGAUUAGUUUUUGAAUCAAUAUUGUGGCAUCAACAACAACGUUCGUUGUUCGUGUUAAGUGACCUGAAAUAGACAGAACAUAUUAUUUAUAGUUAAUUUCAGUCACAAGUAAACCCAAGUUUACACAACUGAACCACCUAUUCUGUGAGGCUGUCUACCAGCAAACCAUGUGAGAAAAACCGUGCAUUUUGCCUACAUGGAAACAUCUCCUUUCUUGUCUUCUGAUCAGAAUGUACUUUGCACCCAAAUCUGUGACUUUACAUUGUGCUUAUUCUUGUAACUUAGCCUGACCCCACAUCUGCUAGACUGUUCUUUGUAGAUUUCAGUUCAGCCUUAAACACCCUACAGCCUCGUGUUCUCCUGAAUACACUGCAGCUGAUGAAUGUCAACCCCUUCACUAUUAAGUGGUACAACUCAUUCCUCACCAACCGUACCCAGCAGGUCAGGGUGAACAGGACCUUGUCUGAACCCUUGACCAUCAACACCGGAGCCCCCCAGGGGUGCGUCAGUUCACCAGUCCUGUUCACCCUUUACACAAAUGAAUGCACAUGCAGCACUGCUAACAAUUGCAUGAUCAAGUUUUCGGAUGAUACAGUCAUCCUGGGUCUCAUGUCUGACACAUCGGAUACAGCUGUGUACAAACAUGAGAUUCAGAACUUUGUGCAGUGGUGCGACAAACACUUCCUCAUCCUCAACGUCAGGAAAACAGAGGAGAUGGUAUUCGAGCCCAAAUACAUUGGAGACCACUCACCAGUGGUUAUUCAUGACCAGAACAUAGCACAGGUUGACUCCUACAGAUACCUGGGCAUACACAUUGACAAUAAACUGACAUGGAGUGUUCAGGUAGAAAAUGUCUGCACUAGGGUCCAACAGCGGCUACACUUCCUUCGUAGGCUGAGGGUCUUUGGUGUCAACCAGAAAGUCUUGCUCCUCUUCUACCACGCCAUAGUUGAGAGCGUCCUGCGGUUUGGCAUCUCGGCCUGGUUUGGCAACCUCAGUGUACAGCUGAAAGCCCAGAUCACCCGGCUAACACAAAGAGCCAUGAAAACCAUGGGAGUCAGACAGCAUCCCACACUCCAGGCCGUCUUUGAUGAAACUAUCAUCAGACAGGCUGAGAAGAUUAUUUCAGACCCCACUCAUAUCCUCCACCCUGAAUAUCAGCUUCUUCCCUCAGGGAGACGCUUCAGAAUCCCCCAGUGCAGCUCAACCGCUUUAAGAACUCCUUUGUCCCCUUGUCCAUCAAAGCCCUAAAUGGCAAGCUAGCCAGAGCUUAAGCCCUGUAACACCGAUUUUUAUUUAUUUUUAUUAUCUUAACUGGUGCGUUGUACAACGGGCAGUGUGAAAUGUAUUUGUUGGCUGGUGGCAGUCUUUUGCAUGUACUGUAGGUACUGUGUGUGCGGAUAUGUGGACUGGCAACAGUCUGUGUAUGUAAUGUGUUAUUUGCAUUGUUUUAACAGCAGACACUGUAUGUAUGUUUCCAAGACAAAUUUCCUUUGGGACAAUAAAGUCUAUCUUAUCUUAUCUUAUCUUAUCUUUGAUUAUGUACAAUUUGGACAUUCACGGCCCACUGAUGUUAGUAAAUAUGCUCUGGUGUGUAGCGUGAAGCCUAAUUUGAGGUCAAGUUAUAUUUUGCCUUGCUUAUCAGUGUGUGGCCCUUAUACUGUAUUAUGUAAUUGUACAUUGAUUUACCAAGUCAAGUUUUUUGUUUUUCCCUGUAUAUAAUGCAAUCUUGAUUCAAAGAGAACAGGACAGUACACAUUAGAAAAAUAUUUUAUUUUUUCCUUUCUAUACAAGUUCUCAAAACCAUAAAAAAAAUUCCGGCAAUUUCCAGGCAUGUAAUAUGACACUAAACAACGUGCAUGUUACACACAUCCUUAGAGUAGGUACAGCAACUACAUAAAGGUUUCAUGUUUCAGUAAGAUACUCCAUAUUUUGAUCCACUGCCAUCAUCAACAUUGUCCAGUUUUCUCAUAGAGGUACAGUUUAUUUUUCUCUGCUUGUGCAUUUUUCCUACUGCGCAAUACUUCAACUGCCAUUUUCUGUAUUUUCAAGUAAAUGUGCAAUGCUGCAGAAAGUGUCAUCCAGGAUCCAGUGCAAUAACAACAACAGUGGUACAUGUAUGGUCAUAGACCGACACAGUCAAGCAAGUGGAGUUCAUUGUGUUGUUAAAGUAAUCUACUGUACAUUCACAUACGUGGACAUAUUGUCUGAAUAUUUUUAAAAAUAUAUAAACCAAGAUAUAUUGCCCACACCUUUAAAUACUUUUUUUUUAAUCUAAAUUGCAAUUUUCCCAACUUGAGAUAUCAUGAACAAAUAUCUGAUGGAAAGCGAUCUCGUCCAUAAGAGAAACCUGAGAAGUGCAUGGGCUCAGAAGCCCUCAGUACAGUUUCCUUGAAAUGUGCAAUACGAAUAUGAAUCAAACAUUUGCCCUUAAAUAUAUUCAUCAAUAUAAACAAUAUUCAUUCUUUUUUUUUUUUUAGGUUCGAUGGUUUAGCUGCAUACCUGUCCAUUAUUUAAUGACAUCUUAGACAAAAUAAAUAAAUGAAACCCACUUAAUAUAAUAAGGUCAGUGGUUGAAUUUUAAUAAAUUAUUAUCCUUCUCUUAGUUCUUCACAGGUCCAUUUGGAUCUACACACUCAAUGUGUAACUUUGGACGCGUUUCCUACAUGACUUGCGGAACCACACCCAGUAGAGGGAUAUCAUAAGCAGCCAGUAGAACGUGUAUGCCACAGAGCCAAAGAUGAUGAACCUAGUCUCUAGUAUCUUGGCUUCAGUGAACCAGUCCUUUUGACUCUCCUCGUAAAUUCUGUAACCAAGCCCACUUAGUAAAAUGGCUACCCACACUGACAGCGGGAGGAGGGGCAUGUAGUUUCCAACAAUCUUACGUCGGCCUGAUGUCCCCCAGCUGCUUUUGUUCAUGGUGAUAAUGGCAAAGUACUUAGCAGGCAGCAGGCUGGUCAUGUACAGAGCCGAGUAGAGGGACAUAAACACCAUCACCAUGUCUUUGCGCAGGAUGCAGGCGUAAGCCGCUUUCACCAGCCCAAUCAGCUGGAUGCAGCACAGGAUCCAGAGGAUGUCCCACAGCGUGCCUGUCCAGAACAGCUGGAUGAUGGUGGCGGUGACGAAGAAGGGGAAAAUGCCUGAGACGAUGGACUCGUAGGUCAUCCAGAGGUGGUGCUUGUGCCACCACAUUGCAUUGUAGAGCCACUCACGGAAAUAUGAUUUUGUCCAGCGAGUUUGCUGGUUGAGCCAGCGUAGAAACUGAGCAGGUGUCUCCGUGUAGCAUUUGGAGCGGGCUGUGUAUCUAAAGGAAAUGGCAAAAAAAUAACAUCUAUGAAACCUUUAUCAUGACAGCAAAGAUUGCACUAUCAAGAUAGUUGCGUCUGAUGCAAGCAUCUUACUUUGUUGCAAAGCCCAUGCUCAGCAUUCGAUUGGUAAGAUGUCUGUCGUCACCAAAUGUGCAGUGACUUCCCAAAAACUUCUGAUUGUACCAGGACUCCAGAAACUGCUGGAGGAGAUUGUUCCUGUACAGACCUUCGUGGAACAAUUCAGGAAUUAGUUACAAUGAGUUACAAGAGUGCAUUAAAGCCAUGACUACCACUGCUUGACAUGUAGAAUGAUUACUUUGACCAAUGUCAGAGGGGGAAAAAAUGUAUUUUCCUUACCCAAAGGACCACUUAUGCAGGACACACAGUUGAAGUAGGACUGGCAGGACCUUUCGAUGUUGAAAGCCAUCCAGUACCUCAGACUGCUCAUGAAGCUGAUGUAGGACUCUUUCAGGUUGAGGAUCAUCACAUCUCCUCCCACAGCACCGUACUUGGGGUUACUUUCCAACACUUUGCACAGCUCCACGGUGGCCAGAGUGUCCAACUUGGUGUCUGAGUCACACACCUGGGGGAGGGAGAAAGAAAGUCUCAUUCUUAAAAAAUGUUUACAGUAAAAGUUUCUUAACAUGAGGAAUAUGAAUUAUAAUAGAUACCUGUAUGAAGUCAACUGAUGACCCGAGUGCUUUAAACGCGGUGUACAUCACCUCCCGCUUGCCGCCCCACUUCUGCAUGAUGCACACGCAACUCUUGCUCUGGAUCAGCUGCUCUACCUCUUUUCGCUGUGGAUCCUCAACUAUGAUAUGAUCAGCAUCCUUUCCUGGGCCCAUUUCCACAUCCUCCUGGGCCUGGGUGGGGUCCCAUGUAUGGUAGUUGUUCCUCCACACACAACAGCCAGGGUCCAUGUCCGCAAACACCUCCCUGAACAUCUCCAUCAUAUACCGGUCAUCGUCUGUGUUCCCAUCGAUCACCAUGAUGAUGCGGAGCAGCUCAGCAGGAUACUUGAGGGCCCUGAUGGAGUUAAGGCACUCUCUAAGAUAGACAGGGUCCUCCUGGUAAGCUGAAAUAGUGAAGCCAAUGGUUUUGGUGAAGGUGCACGGGUAUGUGAGAGCUUUCAUUCGACGGUGCUCAAUAAAGGCGAAGAAGCUCUGGACCAACAUGUGGAGCGAGAGGAGUAGUCCAUAAAAGCCAAAGGAGAUGAUUCCAUACAUGGAGGUCACUAACUGGAAACCGUCAACGUAUGCCCACACCAUCAUGCCCAGGACCACCAGAGCAAAGGUGAAUGUGAAGAUGGUGCGAAGUAUUGAGCCAAGCUUCUUCAGUAAAGGUUUUAGCUCCAUUGUGCUUCUUUACCUAACAGAGCACAAAAACACCACAUAUAUGGUUUAGUCAUAGGGUAUAGCUUGUAUGUGCGUAAAGGAUUCCUACUGGUCUUUGUCAUGCUAAAAAUGUAUGCAGACACUCAUUGUGGUUUUGGGGAAAAUGGUGUUUUAAAUGGAGUUGUUUUAUGUGGACUGUUGUAAGACAUGUUAAGAAACAAGUUGGAAAAUAAUACAGCUGGCAUACACAAAGCUUUAAGCUCAAGGCUAAUGUUUUGGUUUUUUUAAUCCUUAUUGCCAAGACUGUUAAACGUGAAUAUCACUGACAACUGUGCCCUAUAGAAACACAUGUAACAGUUUAGGUAACAUAAUAACAGUAAUAACAUAGAGGCUCAGAGGGUCCAAGAGACUAAUAGUUUGUUGACAUGAGUUACCAUUCUUUUAUUCAUUUUAUUUACAGGGUUAUUUGAAUGUAGCUCAUUCAAUUAUAUCAUAUUUAUAUUACUGUUCAAAGCACAAUAAUAUGACAUAAUCUUUUUUAAAUGCUUGUAUGUACAUAUUUAAAUUAUUAUCAGAUUCCCUACAAGCUACUAAAUCAACCCACACCCAUAAAAAAACAUUAUUCUGAUAGAAAUCCGUAGCUGACCAAAAAAGUAGCUGCAUAAGAAAACACGGUAUUGAUCAAUUGACUAAAUCAAUACUAAAUUAAAUAAUAAAUAAAUAAACGGAUAAAUACAGCAUUAAAUGUAAAAGUAUCAUGAAUCUUACCAUGGCAAAAAAAUCUGAUGUUUUUAGUUUUCUUUUUUUUUAAAUCAAUUCAAAUCAUUAAUGACUUACCGUGAAUCUACAGACAUUAUUGGGCUAUAUUUCAACUACAACCAAACUCUAGUAAUUAUAAUCUGACUACUGUAUUUCUGAGUUUAUACAUAUGGCUAAUUCAUCAGCAAAACAGCAAUUAAAAAACGUGGCUAAACACAUGACAAAGUUAUUUAUUUUCAUCCUUACCUGAUGUCAAGUUCCGCUGGUGUUAUUUGCAAGACAUCCACUCGAUGCUUUCUCUUGUAUGGCAACCUGCCGUGAAGUUGGUUGGCUUUAUAAACCUCUAGGUUGAACGCGGGAUGGAGCCAUGUACGCGCUUUUUAUGGUGGUCCCAUUUUCAUGGGAAUUAUCAAUUACGCGCGCUCCCGCUGACUCAGUUGUGCGUCAGGAGCAAGGCGGUGGUCCCGCUGACUGAGCGCGCGGUGCGUUACGUCUGGGACCUCUGACUGUUUCCUAAAAAAAGAGGUUCCCAAACUAAGCAGUGUUUCUGUUUGGAACCUCUAGGGGGACUUUUUGGGGUUGCCUAUUGUGAGGUUUGUUCUUAUCUUGACCACAAUUUCCUUUUUUACAGCCAACCUAAAGAUCUAACAUUAACCUAGACCUAUUUUAAUAACACCAAUACAUUUUAUUUUAUUUCAUUAUAUCACCAGCUGUAGCUUAUAGAUGUAUUUUUAGACGAAUAUUGUAAAAGUUGCACUCAGUACUACAGUAUACUUACUUGUACUUUUAUGCUACUUUUUAUUUCUACUCCACUAAAUUUGUGAAGGAGUUAUUGUACUUUUUACUCUUUAGUAACUAAUUACUCCACAGAUUUAGAUUAUUAAUAAUAAAUCAUCUAAUUGAUUAUGAUAUGUUAUUCUAGGUUAUGCUACGCAGCAGUAUUUAUAGUAAUUAUAAAUAGCCUCACCUUUAUCAGCUGCAAUAUGUAGUGAUGAACACAUUGAUCAUCCAGUGGUAUAUAUAAUGUAUUAUUCUGAAAUGAGCCAUUCUGCAUAUUGAGUACUUUUACUUUUGGUUCUUUAAGUAUAUUUUGACACUUUUUUACUCUUACUAAAGUGAAAUUUUGACUGCAGGACCUUUAAUUGUUACAGAGUAUUUUUACACUGGUGUAUUUACAAAGGUUCUGAAUACUUCUUUCACCACUGAUAUUGAAGUUGAAAGUCUCAAAGUUAUUCUGUUUCGCCAGAAACUAAACAGAAUGCCAGGUAUUCAAUCACAUUAACCUUGAGAGAGAAAAGAUAAGAAUCCCCAGAAGCUGCUAUCGAGCUUGUACACUUGUUGGAUGUUGCCCUCUGCUGGCUCCUAUCUGAAACUGCAAAAGGCAAGACACCAAAGUGAUAGUAAAGUAACAGCAACACUUUUCGUUGUGAAGUGUAUUGUGAGAGGAGUCAAAGCUGGUGUCACUGAGGAAAAGGAAGUCUUCUCUGCUCCGUCCUACUUAUCUGUGACUUCAGAGGAUUAAAGCUGCCCCUUCUGGUUCACUGAGUUGCUACCACUGACCUGACUUAACCAUGAUUACAUCCCUGGAGAGUUACUUUACAGGGAAAUCUGUUGACCGCUUAUGAGGGUCCACACCCUUAGCCGCAGGAGCUGGCCCGGGCCGUCAACACGCUCCAAGUCGGACCCAAAUAUAGAAGCCACCAGGCUGCUGAUGUCAUGUGUGGAGGCUGAGCCAGUCAAUGUGUUUAGGGACAGCAAACGAACGGUCUCAACUUUCUGCACGUUCUGUGAGCUUUUUCCGUGAGAUCUGUAUGUUUUUAGUAUGUGCUUCACAACACUGUAUGCUUCUGUGACAUUGUUUUAUCACUUUUAAUCCAUCAUCUCCAAUAUAUUGUCAUCUUUUUCUGUUAAAUUGCAGAAGGUGCUUUUUCAAAAUCUUUUCACAUAUUAUUAUUAUUAGAUUAUUACAAUCAGCUUGUCAACUAUUUGCCUUUGUUGUUCCUUUUAUAGCUCCAUUUUCACAGAAAGGUCAUGGCUAAACUGCUGGGUUCUUCUGUCGUGUCCCUAGCAGUCGCUGAGGGACAAACUGCAUUCGUCUGUGGCCACAUCAAGAACAUGUUCUCUGAAGGACACUGCAGAAGUAAAAGGACUAUUUUACCAAGCUGCCAUAACUUCUAAGUUUGUAAACAUAGUUUGUGAAAUUCUGUAUAGGAUUCAAAACAUGGACAUCUGUGUUGCCAGAAUAAACAUCUUCUGCAAAGCCAUGUUUUCAAAAAUAUAAUAGUGCAGCAUCCAGCAUGCUUCACAGCAAUAAAGGCUAUUUUUUGUACAUAA